CGUAAUUGUUGUUGGAAAUAAAGAGAGAGGCACAGCCGAGAAAGGGCAAAGAAAAGAAUCGAACCGAAGAACAGGCGGAACUAGGGUUUAAAGAUUUCGUCCGGCGUCGCACCGAUUUCUACUUGGGAGGAGCACGAUCGGUCCAUCAAUGGCGGGAGCGCUCCAGUAUCUAGAAUCGCAGCGCGACGCGCAGCCGGAGCUUGCGGACUGGUACAACGCCCUGGCGGAUUUGUACCAGAGGAAGUUGUGGCAUCAACUCACCGUCAAGCUCGAGCAGUUCGUUGCCUUAGCUGUAGUCCAGGCGGGUGAUGUUCUUAUACAGCUGUAUCAUAACUUCAUUAUGGAGUUUGAGACAAAAAUCAAUCUCCUGAAGCUAGCUCACUUUGCUGGAGUAAUUUCACGUCAGUAUUCAGAAAAAGAAGCUGCAAUUAGCUAUCUUGAAGGCAUAAUUGAAAAACUGCAUGCUACUAAAGAGUUACGGAUUGAGGAACCUAUCCUAUAUGUCAAAAUGCAAAUUGCCGCAUUUAAUCUUGAAAAAGGGAGUCAAAAGGAGUGCAAAAAGCUUUUGGAAGAGGGAAAGAGCAUGUUGGACAGCAUGACUGAUGUUGAUCCUACUGUUCAUGCUAGCUAUUAUUGGAUAUCUUCUCAGUAUCAUAAAUCCCGUCAAGAAUUUGCGGAGUUCUACAAGAGCGCCCUUCUUUAUUUGGCUUACACUUCAGUAGAGUCUCUUUCAGCGCCAUUCAGGCUGGAUUUGGCCUUUGACCUUUCCCUUUCUGCAUUGCUGGGAGAUAAUAUAUACAACUUUGGGGAAUUGCUUGCCCAUCCAAUUAUCAACAUUCUUAUUGGAACAAAAGUGGAGUGGCUUUACCAUAUUCUUCAGGCAUUUAACUCUGGAAAUCUGGUUCGCUAUCAAGAACUAUGCCGAAUCCAUAAUGCUGAGUUGAGUGCACAACCUGCAUUUUUACAAAAUGAGAGGAAGUUACUUGAAAAAAUUAAUAUUUUGUGUUUGAUGGAGAUUAUUUUCAGUCGGCCAUCUGAGGAUCGAACCAUUCCAUUAAGUAUUAUUGCUGAGCAAACUAAACUUUCUAUUGAAGAUGUGGAAUAUCUUCUUAUGAAAGCCCUUUCCGUUCAUCUUAUUGAAGGCAUAAUAGAUCAAGUCGAGGGCACAGUAUAUGUCUCAUGGGUGCAGCCAAGAGUUCUGGGGAUUACACAAAUCAAAUCUUUGCAUGAUCGUUUGGAUGGCUGGGUGCAAAAGGUGCGGACAGCCUUGUCAACCGUCGAAGCCGAGACACCUGACCUGGUGGGUUCAUGAUCUGCAUUUUAACAUCAGCUGUUCGACAAUCCUGAUGUAACAUGGCCCAGCUCAGAAGACCUCAGAAAAGGAAACAUUGGUCCUGCCAUUAUUGGGGUGCUACCUCUCUUAUUUCCUUGAUAAACUUUGCACGAGGGGUUAGCAGCUGAAUGCUGGCUGAGUUAUGUUUUUCUUUCCUUUUCAUUGUUUAGAGUAUUUCGAACUCCAAACACGCCUUGCAAUCGUAACGAUAUAUAAACUGUCUCUAAUACUUGAGUGGUUUCAGAUUCAGAUAAUUUAUUUAUUUUGUGAUUAAGGAAUGAUGCCUGUUGAGCUUC